AACCGACAGGGGAGUCGGUGCUUGAAAAGGUGGACUUUCGAGGCGUUUUCUGAGAGUGUUUAUUUUUUCAGUCAACGUAGAAGAAUACAAAUGAUGGCUGACAAUAGUGUAUUAACAUCUGCUACUGGAAGGACAAGCUUGGCAGACGCCUCUAUUUUUGAUUCUAAAGUUACUGAAAUUUCUAAGGAAAAUGUACUUAUUGGAUCUGCUUCCUAUGUUGAAGAAGAAAUGCCUCAAAUUGAAACGAGAGUGAUAUUGGUUCAAGAAGCUGGAAAACAAGAAGAACUUAUAAACGCUUUAAAGACUGUUAAAAUAAUGGAAGUCCCUGUUAUAAAGAUAAGAGAAAGUUGUCCUGGAAAGUCGGAUGAAAAAUUAAUUAAAAGUGUUGUUAAUAUGGAAAUUAAAGUACCCUUUGUAAGGGUGGAAUCAGUGGAAGAAUUUGGAAGUUUGGAUUCUCCAGAAUUUGAAAAUGUGUUCAUAGUCAUGGAUUUCCAGGAUUCUGUUUUUAAUGACUUAUACAAGAAUGAUCAGAGAAUUAUUGGGCCACCAGUUAUCUUAAACUGUGCACAAAAAGGAGAGCCUUUGCCAUUCUCCUGUCGUCCACUCUACUGCACAAGCAUGAUGAACCUCGUACUGUGCUUCACCGGAUUUAGGAAGAAAGAAGAACUAGUCAGAUUGGUGACAUUGGUUCAUCACAUGGGUGGAGUUAUUCGAAAGGACUUUAAUUCAAAAGUUACACAUUUGGUGGCAAAUUGUACACAAGGAGAAAAAUUCAGGAUUGCUGUGAGUCUGGGCACUCCAAUUAUGAAGCCAGAAUGGAUUUAUAAAGCUUGGGAAAGACGGAAUGAACAGGAUUUCUGUGCGUCAGUUGAUGACUUUAGAAAUGAAUUUAAAGUUCCUCCAUUUCAAGAUUGCAUUUUAAGUUUCCUGGGAUUUUCAGAUGAAGAAAAAACCAAUAUGGAAGAAAUGACUGAAAUGCAAGGAGGUAAUUGUUUACCUGUUGGAGAUGAAAGAUGCACUCACCUUAUAGUUGAAGAGAAUAUAGUAAAAGAACUUCCAUUUGAACCUUCGAAGAAGCUUUAUGUUGUCAAGCAAGAGUGGUUCUGGGGAAGCAUUCAAAUGGAUGCCCGAGCUGGAGAAACUAUGUAUUUAUAUGAAAAGGCUAAUACUCCUGAGCUCAAGAAAUCAGUGUCACUGCUUUCUCUAAAUACCCCAAACAGCAAUCGCAAAAGACGUCGUUUGAAAGAGACUCUUGCGCAGCUCUCAAGAGAGACAGACAUGUCACCUUUUCCUCCCCGUAAGCGCCCGUCUGCUGAACAUUCGCUUUCUAUAGGGUCACUCCUAGAUAUCUCCAACACACCAGAGUCUAGCAUUAACUAUGGAGAAACACCAAAGUCUUGUACUAAGUCUUCUAAAAAUUCCACUCCGGUUCCUUCAAAGCAGUCAGCCAGGUGGCAAGUUGCAAAAGAGCUUUAUCAGACUGAAAGUAAUUAUGUAAAUAUAUUGGCCACAAUUAUUCAGUUAUUUCAAGUACCACUGGAAGAGGAAGGACAACGCGGUGGGCCCAUCCUUGCACCAGAAGAGAUUAAGACUAUUUUUGGUAGUAUCCCUGAUAUCUUUGAUGUGCACACUAAAAUAAAGGAUGAUCUGGAAGACCUUAUUGUUAAUUGGGAUGAGAGCAAAAGCAUUGGUGACAUCUUUCUUAAAUAUUCAAAAGAUUUGGUAAAAACCUACCCUCCCUUUGUAAACUUCUUUGAAAUGAGCAAGGAAACAAUUAUUAAAUGUGAAAAACAGAAACCAAGAUUUCAUGCUUUUCUCAAGAUAAACCAAGCUAAACCAGAAUGUGGAAGGCAAAGCCUUGUUGAACUUCUCAUUCGACCAGUACAGAGGUUACCUAGCGUUGCGUUACUUUUAAAUGAUCUUAAGAAGCAUACAGCUGAAGAAAAUCCUGACAAAAGCACUCUAGAAAAAGCUAUUGGAUCACUAAAGGAAGUAAUGACCCAUAUUAAUGAGGAUAAAAGAAAAACAGAAGCCCAAAAGCAAAUAUUUGAUGUUGUUUAUGAAGUAGAUGGAUGCCCAGCUAAUCUUUUGUCUUCUCACCGAAGCUUAGUCCAACGAGUUGAAACGAUUUCUCUAGGUGAACACCCCUGUGAUAGAGGAGAGCAAGUAACUCUCUUUCUCUUCAAUGACUGCCUGGAGAUAGCAAGAAAGCGACAUAAGGUUAUUGGCACUUUUAGGAGUCCUCAUGGCCAUACUCGACCCCCAGCUUCUCUUAAGCAUAUUCAUCUAAUGCCUCUUUCUCAAAUUAAGAAAGUGCUGGACAUAAGAGAAACAGAAGAUUGCCAUAAUGCUUUUGCCUUGCUUGUGAGGCCACCAACAGAGCGGGCAAACGUAUUGCUCAGUUUCCAGAUGACGUCAGAGGAACUUCCAAAAGAGAACUGGCUAAAGAUGCUGUGCCGACAUGUAGCCAAUACCAUUUGUAAAGCGGAUGCCGAGAAUCUUAUUUAUAGUGCUGAUCCAGAAUCCUUUGAAGUAAAUACUAAAGAUAUGGACAGUACAUUGAGUAGAGCAUCUAGAGCAAUAAAAAAGACUUCAAAAAAGGUUACAAGAGCAUUCUCUUUCUCCAAAACUCCAAAAAGAGCUCUGCGAAGGGCCCUUAUGACAUCCCAAAACUCAGUGGAGGGAAGAAGUCCUUCCAGCAGUGACAAGCAUGUAAUGAGUCGUCUGUCUAGCACAUCAUCAUUAGCAAUUGCCCAUUUUGUUUCCACAAGCAAUACAGUUGGAUUUACUAAGUAUGUUUAUGCACAGCGCUCAAACUCUACCGCUGGGCGCUCUCAAAACUCCUGGUUUCGAUCUAUACGUCAUUCUGCCUCCCAAGCUAGCUUUUCAGAGAUACUAGAAGGAACUAUUGAUUUUUCAAAUUUCAAAAAAAGUCCUAUCCAAGUCAUCUUUGACAUUUGUGAAGAAUUAGGAGAUAUGCCAGCCAGUAAUGGAAACAAGCCUCGUGAAGUUUAAUGGUAUCCCAUCUCCCUCCCUUGUCAGCCUGCCAUCCUUCUUUGAAAGGAGAAGUCAUACUUUAAGUCGAUCUACAACUCAUUUG